AUGUGGAAUAGGCAGGCUUUUCUCUUUUUCACUGUACUAUCUAUCUAUCUAUCUAUCUAUCUAUCUAUCUAUCUCAAUCUAUCUAUCUAUCUAUCUAUCUAUCUAUCUAUCUAUCUAUCUAUAUCUCAAUUUUUAUUGCUGCUAAUAUUUUUUUUUAUCUAUCUAUCUAUCUAUCUAUCUAUCUAUCUAUCUAUCUAUCUAUCUAUCUCAUUAUUUUUUUUGUAUAAUAUCUAUCUAUCUAUCUAUCUAUCUAUCUAUCUCCUCUUACUUUUUCCGCUUGGCUCAAGACGCAAUGAGUAUUUCCAUGGAUGGCGCGAUCCAAAUGUUUUUAUUUUUUUGUUCAUAUCUAUCUAUCUAUCUAUCUAUCUAUCUAUCUAUCUAUCUAUCUAUGUCAAUCUGUCCGUAUCUAUCUAUCUACCUAUCUAUCUAUCUAUCACUGUCUCUCCUUAUAUAUCACUUUCUCUCCUUAUCUAUCUAUCUAUCUAUCUAUCUAUCUAUCUAUCUAUCUUUUUGUGUAUUUUUUAA